CUAGCGACAGCGAUCAGUUCAAUUUCAGCUUUGGCAGAAGCUUACGUCCUGCGUUUCUGUACUUGUUUGUAGCGGGGAAUCCAUUCAACGACAUCGGCCUUUUGGUAAAGAUCAUACGCGACUGUUGAGAUUGUUCGCAUUUUCGCCGUAAAAAUGAGAUUAGUGUAUAUAACCUGCGUUUUAUUAGCUACGGCAAUUUGCUCCAUCGCGGCUGACAAUGCUGCUACGACCCAAGGAGAUACUAAAUCUAACAAUCAGCAGACAGUGGAUCUAGUCAAUAGUACUGCAUCUAUUAAAAAUUCCUCGAGUCCUGCUGCACUAGUUAAGGAUUCUAGUACCAAUGUAACUAAAAAUGCAAAUGUCAAUGACAAUAUUACCAGUACCAUUGCUACUAUUCCUGCUACUAACACCACUAUUGGUAACAAAACAAAAACCGAUACUGCUCCUGACAAUGGUCAUGGUGCAGAAUCCACCAAUUCAACAACAACUACGAUAACUUCAACACCUACAACUUCGUCAAUAACAACCAAACAAACACCUACGCCUGAAAACUCUACAUCUACGACUAUAGUUACACCUACUACUACGAACAAUACAACACCUAUCGUUUCAUCAACACCUAUAACUACUCCAGUUCCAUCAUCGACAAAAAUUGUUCCAUCUUAUACACAACGACACUUUGAUGGACUUAGCUUUUUAGGUGGCAUCAUUUUAGCUACGUGUUUAAUGGCAAUCAGUUUUGCCACUUGGAAAGUCUAUAGAGCAUUCAAUGAACAAAACUACCGCACACUAUGAUACAGAUAUUGUCAUCGCGAAAAUUCCAUUUUCCAAUAAGUAAAUGCAGUCGUUCGAACUGGAAACUAUGAAUUUUACCAUAAUAAUAUUACGUAUUUUUAUAACGCACUUAAGUGUCGCGUGGUUUAAGUGCUCUUAGUAAUGUGAUGUGCAAACGCGAAUUUCGUUUCUUUGUACCCAAUUACAAAGACGAGUUACACGCAUUAUAGUAUUGUCUCUUCGUAUGUUCGCACGCGCAUUGUAAUAGUGUUUAUAUUUAUGAAAAAGAAAGAACGAAUACUAUGUGCAUAGAAGAAGAGGAAAAUGUAAGAGAAUCUUGAGGACGUGAGAGGAGGAGAGAAAUAGAAAAGCAAAUAUAGUAUUACUAUGCGCAUGCGUAAUUUGCGUACGCAAGUUGACGACCAAUCAAAUACACAUUCCAUCAAAAAGAUCAAUUUUGCACUACAACAAGUCCACGUAAUAUUUUCUGCUCAAAUGAAAAUUAUUUCGUAAAACUCUUCUAUUUUUCUUUUAUUGAACUCGUUUAUCAGCUGUUGCCAUACGUAAAAACAAUGGUUAAAAUAAUAUAAAAACGAUGAAAUAUACACAGAUAUAAAGGUUCCUAUGUGUAUAUUUAUAGCAAGAACAAAAUAUGUAAAAGGAUUAAGUAUGAGAUGUUUAAAAGAGUUCGAUUAAAGUUUAGGAGAUUUGCACAUAAAUAAUGAUAUGGUAUGAACGAACUCCAGUAUGAAAUAUUUUCUAUGAUUAUAUUCUUCAAUAUUACUUUUCUCACUAAGAUGACAUUUAAUUAUUAAUUUCGGGUGUGAAGAAUAUUUUAUAUUCUAAGGGUAUAAGGGUCGUUCGUACGUAUAAAUUAUAGAUACUCCUGUACAUGCCUUCAUUAAAUGAUAUUCUUGUUGAGGAAUUUUCGUACGAGUCAAAAAAGAAUUGAAAGUUUUUAGUUUCGAUUUUUGUACCUGUUGGGAGACAUAGUUAUAUGAUUACAACAAAUGUUGAAGUUGGUAUUCGCCUCAUAAGGAAAUGUAAUAUGCUAAUUAAUAUUUUACUUAAUAUAAUCGUAUAAUACGUAUUUUCAUUUAUAUUUAGACUUUUGUUUCUUUCUGAUACGAGCAAAAUGUAUAGAGAUUUAGUUUUCGUUUAUUUCAUUCCGUUUUUCUUUCUUUUCUUUUUUUUAAAUAAGUAUUUUAUUUUUAAAAGAAGGUAAUUAAAUUACCAAUGUGACGAUAGAUGUACCGUAAUUGAUAACACUGGCCCCUAAUAUAUCCUUCUAUAGUUUCGAAUAUGUUUUUGAUACGUUUAAUAUCAUCGGGUAAAAAAUUUAAGUGUUUACACGUAGAAUGAUGAUUUUCUCGUAAGAGUUUUCCUAUAAUGUACGUUAUGAACGUUAAAUCGAAGUUUACAGAGAGACGUAACGAGAGUUGAGUUAUUUUUAAGGAAACAUGUGCGGUACAUAAAUAAACUAAUUUUGAAACAUAUUAAUUGAAGUCGAAUAUGCGACCUGCUAUUAUAAGAAAAGAUACCUAAAUAUAUAUAUUUAAAAAAACUACAGCCUAAAUAGUGUAUUGUAUUUACAUUCCGUGUAAUAUUUUAACAAGCUAUGUAAAAUACUUGCUUAUAUGAAUUAUACGAUAUUAAUACUA